UUUUGUUAAGUCUUUCAUAGAGAGACAGAGGGGGUUUCUACGAGGACAGAUGUUUACAAACCGAUUAAUCAAAAUCGAAAGAAUCGCCUAUAUUUCUUGCUACUGAUUAUUUAUUCUCGAGUGUAGCCUUCGUCGGCUCUUACAUGUGCAAGUAAUUUAUCUAUUAAGACUACGGUACUCACAUUAAAGAUUAUCCCAAACCUACCCCAAGCUGAUAACAUUUCGCGCUAUUAAAUAGAACCGCACCGGUAAUUGAAGCUCCUACGUAUUAACCGUUCGGACCCUUGAUGAAUCUUUUAAGACACGGACGUCGACGUAAGCUGCCUUUGAAGACGCCUGCUCAGAGGUUUGAAAUUAAGAAUGAAACACUGCCUAUCGUUUAUAGGCUGUCAUCUCUUCAAGAUUCAUGUCUUUCAACAUGCCACAAAGAUGCAAAGCCUGUGGCCUCUGAGGCAUUAUUAUCAGCUUCCAUACAAGUGGCCUGCAGGCUUUCCUUUUAGCCUGCUAAAACAACCAAGAAGACAAUGUCAUCAUGAACUCUUGGAUGUAUUACAACAAGAUGGUGUUAAAAGGUACCUAGAUAGUUUGAUUAGAGAACACAGGCAGGUUACCCAGAAUCUAAAUUACAGUGCCUUAAAUGAAGCUGAGCGGAGAACACUCAACAGGAGGCAGAUUGAGCUGUCACCCACAGUCACAGUUUUUCAAGAGACUGAAUCCUUGCUCAAAGACCUCAAGGAAGUAGAGGUUAUCCUUCAAAGUGCAGAGAAAGCAGAAGACAGGCAAAUGAUUGAUCUUGCAAAAGAUGAACAGGAAAAAAUCAAAAGGCAGAUUGAAUCACUCCAGAGAACACUGCUGCAGAGCUUGAUUCCUCAAGAAAAACAUGACAACUGUGAUGUGAUUCUGGAGGUGGUCUCUGGUAGAACUACAGGAGGAGAUAUAUGCCAACAGUUUACCAAAGAAAUAUUUGAAAUGUAUCAGAAAUUUGCUGACUUCAAACAGUGGACUUUUGAAAUAUUAAACAUCAGUCCUGCAGAAUAUGGGGGGCUACAUCAUGCUGCUGCUCGUAUUUCUGGCGAGAGUGUCUACAAGCAUUUAAAAUUUGAAGGUGGAAUUCAUCGAGUGCAAAGAAUUCCUGAAACGGGGCUAUCCUCUCGAAUGCAACGUAUUCAUACGGGAACCAUGACUGUCAUUGUAUUACCACAGCCAGAAGAGGUAGACAUAAAAAUAGAUCCAAAGGAUUUAAGAAUUGACACCUUCAGAGCAAAAGGAGCAGGUGGGCAGAGUGUAAAUACAACAGACAGUGCCGUUAGAGUGAUUCAUAUUCCUACAGGAAUAAGCGUUGAGUGCCAGCAGGAACGCUCCCAGCUACAAAACAGAAACACUGCAAUAAGAGUGUUAAGAGCAAAACUUUUUCAACUGUGCCUAGAAAAGGAUACACAGCAGAGACAGACCUCUCGGAAUCUCCAGGUAGGAACAAGGUCACAAUCUGAAAGAAUUCGUACAUAUAAUUUUACACAAGACAGAGUGACAGACCACAGGAUUUCUUAUGUAGCCCGAGACAUUAAGGAGUUUCUGAGUGGUGGAGAGGUGCUAGAGAAGUUUAUAAAUGAACUGUUGAAAUCUGCAGAAAUCGAGGCCCUUCUUGAGCUGGUGAAUUAUAACAGCACAAAGACACCAUAACACAACAGUGACUGAGCGACUGCCAUCCCAGUGGAAAAACAGAAGAUGAACCUGAGAGAUGAGUCUUUUAUUUGUGGUAAAACUUCUAGCAGUCAGUGCUGUGUGGGUGAGACUCAUUAACCUUUCCUAUCAAACAUUUAUAAAUGAAAAAUUAUUUAAACAUUUUCACAGUGCUAGGUUUUCUCUUGUUGAAAAAACUUACUACUGUCAUUAGCCAGUGGAAACAUGUAGUGUACUGUGUACACCUGAGUAAACCUGAACUUGAAAUUGUGUCUCAACAGAUUACAGAAAUGAUAAUGUACAUUUAAAAAUUGUUAAAAACACAUUCACUUGCAUAUGUUCUGUAUGUAUGUUGCACUUGGUAUAUGUAAUAUAUAUUUAUUAUGUUUAUUCUUUUAUUUGGACUGUGUCCUUUAUAUGUAGCUGAUCCUUUCAUCUGUUUUCUUAGCCUGAUCAGUGGAAAAUGUUUGCAGUGUAUCCCGUCACACUGCAGUUUCCGAACAUUGCUCCAGUGUAUCUGCCACAACACUUGUGAAGGAGUGGAUGUUUGUGG